AGAUUGUUGGCGAAUUCCAAUGCCUCUGCCGUCACGAAACAUUUUCCUCAUAAGUAAACAAAUCUUCUCUCAAACCUAUCCUUGACGUAAAUAAAAGCUCUCGGCGCAGCGUAACCGCAAACUUGCUUGCACUCCAUAGACAAAUAGAGUAUUGUCUGCAGAGCCAGGCAGGGAGGCCCAUUCCCUUCAUUCCCCCAAAAAAUAAUUCUUUACUAACUUCCCAUUCUCAAGCCAAUAAUUACCAAUUCUAUACUUAUUUUAUUUCUGUCAACUGUUUAAAGCUUAGUCUUCAAGAUUACUUCAGCACCUAUUACAAUCCAAAAUUAUACUUAUCGAAUUAUCCAAAACAAUAGCAUAAAGGAAUUUUGUGACCUUUUCUUCUUAGCAACCAACACUCCACCCUUACUGUGUUCUAGCCCAGCAAGCAAGGCAGGACUAUCUUAUAAAAUACUCUUUCUCUUUCUUGUGAUGGCUUCCAUAACAACACCUAUUUCUCAAUCCCAGUUUCUUCUCAAGAAACCAGAAAGUGGAGUGCUUAAAGCAUCUCAAUCCCAAAUUUUCGCUAAACCCAUCCCGGAACUUUCUCAAAGAUCAAAACUUUUUGCUAGAAAUUCAAGGAUGGUGUUGCUGGCGGCGGCUUCUGCUGGCACUGCUUCAGCCGCUGAGAAGCAUAAGAAGAGGUACCCUGGUGAGGCUAAGGGGUUUGUGGAGGAGAUGAGGUUUGUGGCUAUGAAAUUGCAUACGAAAGACCAGGCCAAGGAGGGUGAGAAGGAGCCCCGGGGGCAGCCUGUGGCUAAAUGGGAGCCCACUAUCGAGGGGUAUUUGAAGUUUUUGGUGGAUAGUAAAUUGGUUUAUGAUACCCUGGAGAAGAUUGUGGAGAAAUCUUCUUUUCCUGAAUAUGCAGAGUUCAGGAACACAGGAUUGGAAAGGUCAGAGCGUCUUGCAAAGGAUUUGGAAUGGUUCAAGGAGCAAGGUCAUGCCAUCCCAGAACCAUCUACACCUGGAGUUGAGUAUGCUCGGUAUCUUGAAGAGUUAUCAGAAAAGGAUCCUCAAGCAUUUAUUUGUCACUUCUACAACAUAUACUUCGCCCAUACAGCUGGUGGGCGGAUGAUUGGAAAGAAGGUAGCUGAGAAGAUACUCAACAAGAAGGAGUUGGAAUUCUACAAAUGGGAUGGCGAUCUCUCACAAUUGUUACAGAAUGUGAGGGACAAGCUAAAUAGAGUUGCUGAGAGCUGGACUAGAGAGGAGAAGAACCAUUGCUUGGAAGAGACCGAGAAAUCAUUCAAGUUUUCAGGGGAUAUCCUCCGCUUGAUAUUGUCAUGAUAAAGUUUGUAUAAUAGAGAGGGCGCAAGCUCUACUAAUUUGUUAAUAUCAUUCUCAACUCGCACUCAUUGUGAUGUUAUUAUGCUUCACUAACUCUUCUAUCAAAUCUCCCCUUCUCUGUGAAUGUGAUGUGAAGAAAGGGGUGUUAAAGUUAAACACAUGCAUACUUCACACUUCUUUUUGCAUUGGUAGCAGACUACUGUCAUCGCUGCAGGGCUUUUUCCUCUUUGCUUUGAUGAAA